ACACCCGUCAGCAGCGCGCAUUGGAGAUAAAAAAAAGCGCAUCACGGACAAAGGAAAUAUGGGUGCGCUAGAGAGGGUUCUACUCCGCCGGGUAGCACAAUGGAUGAGCUGUUUGUGUUUCUUUUACAGGGAGACCAAUUAGCCCACCUUAAUGAGGUGCUGGGAUGCAAGAUACUGCAAGCUAAACAGGCGGAAGGCUGCGUUUAAUCCGUCUGCGGAUCCUUUGAGCUUGCAAUGGCUGUGGCGGGGAUAUGCAACUGGAUAGGGAAUAAUGUGCCUUUUUAUUUUGUGAUAUUUUCCUUAUUUUGUGGCCUUUCCUUUGGACAAUUGCGCUAUUCUAUUACGGAAGAACUAGAAAACGGGGCAGUGGUCGGUGAUGUGGCGCAUGAGUUGGGGCUGGAUAUUCGAAAGCUCUCCACCCGAAAAAUUAAGGUAACCUCCAACAGCGGUAAACGCUAUGUGAUUGUCAACCCCAAAAAUGGGAAAUUACUUGUCAAUGAACGGAUCGACAGGGAGGCACUGUGUGAUUUAUCCAACACCUGCCUCCUAAAUCUGGAGGUGCUUGUCGAAAAUCCCACUGAGGUGCACCACAUCGAGGUGGAGAUUGUUGAUGCCAAUGACAAUGCACCGCAGUUCCCCAGAGACGAGUACCAACUAGAAAUCACAGAAUCUGCUUUACCCGGGUCUCGUUUCCCAAUCGAAAACGCUGAAGACCCAGACAUUGGUUCCAAUUCUGUUCGCAUGUAUCAGCUCAGCACAAACGACCAUUUCGCGCUGGUAUCCAACAAACCCUCCCUGAAUACAAAGCACAUCGAGCUUGUGCUCAAAAAGCCAGUUGAUCGUGAACAGACGCCUUACCACCAAUUAAUUCUUAGUGCUGUGGAUGGUGGGACGCCAGAGAAAACAGGCACGGCUAUAAUCAAUGUCCGGGUCCUGGACUCAAAUGACAAUGUCCCCACGUUUGACAGCUCAGUGUACAAGGUGAAAUUGUUGGAAAAUUCCCCCAAAGACACCCUGGUUAUUAAACUGAAUGCUUCUGAUCUGGAUGAGGGCACAAAUGGAGAGGUGUAUUAUUCUUUCAGCAGUUACACUCCUGAGAGAGUGAGGCAGAUGUUCAGCAUGAACACCAAUACUGGAGAAAUAAGAGUGAGGAGCAAUGUUGACUAUGAAGAGACCAACUCCUAUGAGAUGUACAUCCAGGCGAUGGACAAGGGCCCUGGUGCCGUGGCAGCACACUGUAAGGUGGUAGUAGAGGUGGUUGAUGUUAACGAUAACGUCCCUCAGAUAGUGCUGUCAUCUCUGUCGAGCCCCGUGAGGGAGGAUGCCCGUGCAGACACCGUAGUGGCCCUUAUUAGUGUCACCGAUCGAGACUCUGGCGCUAACAAGCAGGUGAGCUUAGAGAUCCCAGCAGGCCUUCCUUUCAAGAUCAAGUCAUUCAGAAAUUACUACACUUUGGUUACCUCAGCCUUCCUGGACCGCGAGACCACUGAUGCCUACAAUGUCACUCUGAGUGCCACAGAUGGAGGGAACCCUCCCCUCUCCUCUCAGAAGACUAUACAGGUGGAUGUGGCUGAUGUUAAUGAUAACCCACCCCGAUUUGAGCAGACUUCCUAUACCGUCUAUGUGGCUGAGAACAAUGCCCCUGGGGCCUCUUUGUGUACUGUGAAAGCUCAAGAUGCAGACAUCAAAGAGAACGCACGCAUCACCUACACAGUGCUCAAUGACAACAACCAUGGCAUCCCUGUCACCUCAUAUGUGUCUGUGAAGGCCGAUACAGGGGAGGCGUAUGCCCUGCGAGCCUUUGACUAUGAGUCACUGAGAGAGUUUCACUUCCAGGUCAAAGCCCAAGAUGGGGGCAUUCCUCCACUCAGUCGCGUCGCCACCGUCUACAUUUACAUUAUGGAUCAGAAUGACCAUGCACCACUGAUAGUCAACCCUCCUGGCAACGGCACACGCUCCUUGGAAACAGUGCAAAAGAAUGCAGAGCCUGGAGUCAUGGUGACCAAAGUGGUGGCGUACGAUGCAGACGCAGGUCCAAAUGCCUGGCUGGUGUAUGUGCUGGAGACAGCCACUGACCUGGACUUGUUUAAGGUGCACGAACACACAGGUGAGAUCAGGACCACUCGGAGGAUCUUGGAGGACAACUCCACAUCUUUCGGUCUGACUGUUGUGGUAAAGGACCAUGGGCAGCCUUGCCUCUCCUCCACUGCAACCAUCAAUGUGGCUGUCAUGGAGGUGCCGCCCAAAGUUGCCCCUGACCCCAAGAGAAUCAUCCGACCUCACAGCACGCUGCUGUUCUCCAACGUGACCCUCUACUUGAUUGUGGCUCUGAGCGCCACCACCUUUGUUUUCCUAGUCACUGUUGUGGUGCUGGCAAUCGUCCGCUGCCAUGCCUACUGCACCCAACCUGGGUCCUGCUCGCCUUGCUGUGUGUCGCAGAAGCCCCCUCCAGACGGUGGGAGCAGCAGCGUCAGUGCUGGUGGGGUAGGCAGUGGUGGACCUGGGGGACAGCCCAAUAACAAUGUGAUGCUUCGGAGAGACCUCAAAGUGGAGCCUCACUACAUCGAAGUGCGUGGUAACGGCUCUCUAACAAAGACUUACUGCUACAAGACCUGCCUGACAGCCACCUCCGGCAGUGACACUUUCAUGUUCUACAACACGGGACGACCCAUCAGUGGCACCUGGGGCAGCGGCGCUGACCGCUUCUUCACCAGUAACAGUGGAUUUGUACGCAGACUGAGCAUGCCUGAUGCCUCCAUGCAACUCUGCCCAGAGCUCGCUCAGCAGAAAGCCCCGAAUGCUGACUGGCGAUAUUCUGCAUCUUUGAGGGCAGGGAUGCAGAGUUCGGUCCACAUGGAGGAGUCCUCUGUGGUGCAGGGAGCCCAGGGCAUGCUGGUCCAGAACUGGCCCACUGUGUCCAGCGCUGCAGAUGGAGAUGGUGGUGAACUUUCACCCCCAGUGGGCGCUGGAGUAGACAGCAACAGCUGGCACUUCAGAUACGGCGCCUCCGGACAGGGCUACCUCCCUCCUCAGCCCCUGAAGCCCGGAGAGAUUCCUCCUGAAGCCUUCAUCAUCCCCGGAUCCCCAGCCAUCAUUUCUAUUCGCCAUGACGCCGGCCCUGUGGAUGACAAAGGUGACUUCAUAAGCUUCGGCAAGAAGGAGGAGGCUAAGAAGAAGAAAAAGAAGAAGAAGGACAAGAAAGACAAGAAGGAUAAGGGCAAAGAUGAUGAUGAUUAGAGGUGAAGGGGUGACUUGAAAACAGAGCUACCAACAAACUACCAUCCCAAUUACAGAGCCAGAAAAAAAGCCAAAUAUUGUAGAAAUGAAGGAGCCUCCUUGCACCACAUUUGCAUAGACAUUGUACGGUGGCCAAACCCUCAUUAGACAAGGCCUGGCUCCCCACACCAUGCGAACUCAUUAAACAAAUGUCUUGGCUCAUUUGGUCCAUAAUGUAGGCCUAUAAAAGUCUAAGGUUUAUGGUAAGCAAAUGUUCUUAAUGGACAGACUUGAUCUGAAGGUUGGACCAAAUUAAAACAGAAAGGGUUUUAUUGGAUUAGAUUAGCCUUUCUGCCCCUGCCCCAUUUUAUAUAAUAAAACACAAACACCUGAAAAGGUGUAAUAUUUGUAUCUGACCAUUGUCAGCUGAGGCUGCCUGUGUUGGCAUCUCUGUCUUUAUGCAGCCCCCUUUCUUUUUGGCUAACCUACUUGGAGGUGAAGUGGAAGCCAUACAAAAACAAAUGAAUCCGAGGCUUUUGUCUUCAGUAAUACGGAGGCCUUGUAGAAAUUCAGAAAACGUGGUCUUUUGUAAAAAAUAAUAUGAAAAUGAAAAAGUAACAGUGAACGGUAUAUGUAUCAUGAGAUUAGCACCUUCAAGAGAUUUGGGUGACUGAGACAAGCAGGACCACACUCUAAUAAAGAGCUCUGUUUUUCAAUGUAAUAUAGCACAUUGCUGAGGUUGAGGACUUGGACUGGGUUGCACCAACUAUGCGCAAAUUUGUUCCAAGGUUAGGGUAUAAAGAAGUUGCUUCAUAACUGCUAGUUAAUUUGCGAUUAGCAAGUUACUCGAUUCGAUCGUACCAUGGUUAGUAAGGGGCGAACUCUACGGCUGUAACUAGUUAUAACUUUAAGAUUUCAGAUAAGUUGCCGAUCAGUAAUGGCAUUACCUCGCUGAUGGGUACUUGGAUUUGUAGUUGAUUGGAUUGGCAUAAAACAAUACGAUCGGUAAAUAACAUCCAUAUUUGACUUUUAAAGGACAAUACUAGUUUUUGCAUGUUUUAGUCUAUAGUGUAUGUCUCUGAUGAUAUUGGAAUAAUGAAAAUAACAGUUUUUUUUCUAACCACAGUUCAAAUAUUGUCAUCAGUAGUAGUAAGGUGUCAUUUUGUGGAAAACUUGCAGAAACAUUAUUGUUAUAGUCCUUUAAAUUGCAAAUUGGCGUGGAAUUACUGAAGAAAAGGAACAAUGUUAAAAAAAAAAAGGAAAAAAGUUCUGCUUUACUGUUAGUGAGUGCAAUUGUGUGACUUUGUAUCAUUUGCACCUGCUUUAUCGCUUGCUUAACUAUUUAGUUGUUACUUAAAGUCAACAGAUUUUUGUGGUGCUACCGCUUGUGUUUUAGCAAUGCGUGGAUCGGGAUUAGUGGCUACUUUGGAUAUAACUAGGGAACCUACGUGCAGCUGAUGCAACCGGCACCUGACCUGGCCUCUUUUCUUGGAAUAUGGCACAGGUCAAUGGGGUCGUAAUCCCACUGUGUAUCAGCACACUCAGACAUUAUUGUACACAAACACAGCCUCAUACUCACACACAUACACACACUCUCUCUUGCCGUCUUAUAUACAGACAUAAAGAACACACAAAAAUAUACGAAAAGAACACUAACGGGAGGCCAAUGCCAUCCUUAAGAUGGGAGUGUAAUAUAUGGGUGGGAAGCAGGAACGUUGCUUGUUGCUUCCUUUCUGUUCAAGCCUGUUCCCUCUUCUUCUGUCUUUGAAUGUUAAGUAGUUGUUAUUCAAGCCCUGCGCCACUGCCUCGACUGCUUCAGUGCUUGGAGCAUUUGCUUACCCGCUGCCUGUUUCCUUGCUCUACUCCUGUUUCUUCGAAUCAACAUGGUUGGACUACAUUUCUCAAGUCAUUCUGCUUCAAUACCACAGAUAGAUACGUGCACAUGUAAUACACACACAUCUUUUGUUAGGUUCAACUUCAGCUGAGCUAAGGAAUUUUCAGCCAAAGUGUCUCUUCUUAUUGCUUAUUGUCGACAGCUCUGUCAUCUCUUGCAUAGUGCAUUGUUGGAAAAUCUGACAAGUUAGUAAAAUCUCAGAUGAUGCUGUACUCAAAAUGUUGAGACAAGAUGGAGAAGCAAAAGAAGAGUCAUUGUGCAGCUCCAGCAUAGAAGAUAAGGAAACUGCAGCAGAGUUAAUUGGGCAGGUCAUUCCUCUUUCGCAUGAGCGGAGGCAUUGCAAUUAUUCAGCCAUUAGAGAGAACUGAUAAACCUGGGGUUGACAAAAACAUGUACAAAAGAAGUACAGCGUGGUUCAGCAGCAGUGGAAGGUGGUUGACUUGGAAAGGGGGAAUCCACUUUAUUAGAGGUGAAGGACAUCUUUAAGACAAUAAUCACAGCAGUUAAAAGGAUACAUUUGCGACUUCAUUGCUGCACACAAGCAUCAAAAGUGUUGCGCGGACAUGCUUUGCAGAAAGAACGUCCAGGUUUUGUUGUCCAAGUUUGAACGCUGUAAAAGUGAUCUGCUUUCUUUGGCCCUGACAUUGUGAAACACAGGUGUGGCAUGGUAGAAAAAAGUUUUAGAUAUUGGAGCAGCAUUACCAUGAUGGAAAAGUGUCAUCAAAUCUCACCUCAGUGUUCCUUUCUUUCAAACAUCGUCUUACCAGCCACAGUAGGGAAAUGUAGGUGCUGCUCAGGCUCAAUCCCUCCCAUGCACAUGUGUUUUUCCCCCUGCCCCGUCCUUCAGGUGUACUUAUGUGCUGUCAGAUCACCAGGUGGCUGUUUGCAUGUUAUAAGCAAAGGAAACAGAUACUAUAUAGAUUCUAUAUACAUAGAUAUGUUUUUCCACUGGGAAAUGCGUAUUGGAAUACAUAUACCUCUGAUACACAUUCUCAACUAUACAGACAUUGAAAGACCCACACUUGUCCACACAUUCAUACAUACAUAAAAGAUUUAUUCUGUGGAAAAAAAAACCCUAAAAGAAUCACAUUUUUUAUCCUGUUGAAAAUGAAUUUAAUCUUCUUGAUAUACAUAAUGCUAUUGUGUUAUGUGAUGAAAUGCUUCCCCUCCCCCAUGUUUUUACCCUUGUGAUUUUCUUACAUAAGAAAAUCAUUCCCAAAAGUUGUUAAACUUUGAAAUGAUGAUCAAAUGAACACUAGUGUAAAAGUCAAUUACUCAUCCUCCAUAUAUAUAUCCCUUGUAAAGAAAACGGUAGAAAAUAAGUUAAAAAAAUGUCAAAAUACAUAAAACGUUGUAAAAAAAAUAAUAAAGUUGAUGUAUUCUCUGCUUGUGUAUAGUGAAUGUUCCUCGGUCGCAGGGUGUGGCAGUGAGAGGUGCACACCAGUCGACUGUGACAGUGCAGAUCAGUUCAUAACUUUUUUUGUACACCUGCUUUUCAUUGUAAAGGUGAUAAUAGUGAUUCUUAUUAUUUCAUCUGGUAAUGUGUUUUGUUAAUA